GCUCGGGUGCGCGAGGGGCGCGGGGACGGACAAUCCGCAAACUCCGUGGGUGGGAGGUUACCUUGGCAGGUAACCUGGCAAACGGCGGGUGUCUUGCGCUCGGGAAAUCGAUUUGGCCGCGGGCAAUGCGGCGUGCCAGGCCCGAUCGAACCUAACGAUACACGACGACAUUGUAGCGUCGGCCUGCUCCUGGCGCACCUGCACGAGCCUCCUCGGGCUGACGCCGGGGUGUCGGCCAGGCAUCUAGCGUAUCAUCCGGGGAUCCCGCAGACCGGCCUCGACUACCAUAGUCGACUACUCCCGACUAUCAGCCGAGGAUUUUAAAUGUCAAGCUGGAGCAGGACAUGGGGCCCGUGGAGGCAUAUCGUUACCUCGUGGAGGAAAUAUCAGAUCCAAGGGUGGCUGAUUGGCCAAUGAUGGCUAGUCCGUUUCCGGUAUCACUGAUUCUCCUCGCUUACCUACUCUUCGUAUUGCAUUUGGGCCCGAGGUACAUGCAACAUCGUUCGCCGUACGAUCUUUACAAUUUUAUGGUAGGAUACAAUAUUGCCGUUGCCAUCUGCAGUGCCACUGUUUUUUACGGGCUUCUUACAUCUGGUUUUACGACAAACUUAUCCUGGGGUUGCGAACCUGUUGAUUAUUCAUUAAAUCCAGAAGCCAUAAGAAUGGCGAGUUGGGUCUGGUGGAUAAUGCUUCUGAAAAUCACGGAACUCGGGGAUACAGUUAUUUUUGUUCUGAGGAAGAAGUACAAUCAGUGCUCAUUUCUACACAUUUAUCAUCAUGUCACUACUGUAAGCCUCGCCUGGAUAGCCUGCAAAUAUGCUCCAGGAGGCAUGUGGACAUUUAUUAUGAUGCCCAACUGCUUAGUACAUGUCAUCAUGUACUCGUACUACCUGUUAGCCUGUUUGGGACCGAGGAUGCAGAAGAAGCUUUCGCCGUGGAAGCCAUACUUGACGAUGCUUCAGUUGAUUCAAUUUGUUAUUAUGGUCAUCCAUACAUCUCAAGCGCUGUUGCCGUCGUGCGAGCCCAAACUGAAACCUCUGGCAUUUAUCUACAUGUCCAACGUUAUUGUCAUUUUCUACAUGUUUUGGGACUUUUACAAGAAAGCCUAUUUGUCGAAAAAAACAGUUUAAUAAUUGUGACAGCGUGUGCGAGGCUGCAAACAAGAAUGCUAAACGAAGAAAUAAACGUGCCACAAAUACAUUGUUCUAUACAAAAUAAAACCGUCUCUCGGGCAUCCUGUAGUGAGAGGAAUACAAAAAGUCAUGCAUAGUUACGCGCGAGAACAUUAAUCACAGAAUCCAGCUUUAUCGCAUUUUUAUACUUUCAUAAGACAUAUCUAUCAUUUCCCAUUUCCAGAAUUUCAUUGCUUGGUUAUGACGAAUGCUCCUGUCGUUCAUCACGAAAAGAAUUUAUGCUCUUUGCUCGUUUGCGCUGCAUUA